AUUUAUAUUGUCAGGCAACCAACAAUACCCAAGUUUUGACGUCUAUGUUAACCUAACUUUUUCCCAAUCAAUCCUUUUAAUUUGCUUGCAAUCCCGUGUUUAUCACGUCGUUCCGAACGUUCCGUUGAAAUGAGACAGUCUUAACGCAACAACAUGUCAAAUCUAACCCGACAACUCCCCUUUUUACUAAAACGCACCCCCAUUUUGAGCGACUUUAUCCCAAGACACUCGCCAGCCCCCAGUACCGACGUCCAGUCCCUUAAAAACUUUAUCGACGAUUACGACAAAAUUCUAGUCUUGACUGGAGCCGGGAUUUCGACUGAAUCAGGAAUCCCCGAUUAUCGCUCGGAAGAUGUAGGUUUGUACGCGCGCACCAACCACAGGCCAGUCCAAUACCAGGAGUUUUUAAAAUCGGAGAAAGUCAGGCAAAGAUACUGGGCUCGCAACUAUAUAGGGUGGCCCAAAUUUUCGCAAACCCAGCCAAAUAUAACGCACUAUAUAGUCCAAUUUUUAGAGAGUGUAGGCAAAGUUGGGUGCGUUGUGACCCAAAACGUUGAUAGUUUGCAUUUUAAAGCCGGGUCUGGUAACGUAAUUGAGUUGCACGGAACGGCGUUCAGGGUAAUUUGCUUGAAAUGUGGCAAGAAUUACGACAGACACAAAGUACAGGAGAAAUUAAUUGGGUUAAACCCCGAUUUGCGCGAAACUUCGCAAAUGAUACGACCGGAUGGUGACGUUGAAAUUUCACAAGAGAAAGUGGAAAAUUUCAAGCCGCCGUUUUGCGACCACUGCCAGGGUGUUCUCAAACCCGACAUUACGUUCUUUGGCGAUAACGUACCCAAAGAACGUGUGGACAAAGUCAGGCAGAAUGUGACCCAAAGUGAUGCAAUUCUAGUCUUAGGUUCAAGUUUGAGUGUGUUUUCCGGGUACAGAAUUAUUUUACAGGCGGUUGAGGAAAAAAAGGACGUUGCCAUUGUAAAUAUAGGGCCAACAAGGGCCGACAAACACGCUAAAUUGAAAAUCUCCGCCAGGUGCGGCGAUAUUUUACCUAGGAUUUUUGAGUGAAGUACCGAAAUAGGGGAUUUGGGAUUGUUAUGUUGUUGUCGUUGAAAAUAAAUUUUUCGUUAAAAAAAUAA